ACAUGUCGUCCCUGCUAUAGAGGAUCAGAUCAUCAGUUGGGAGCCAUCAGCCAUGGAUAUGGAAAAAAAUGGAUGUAGUUAUUAUGAAAACGAGAUCAAAUGGAAGUUCCAAGGCAACAAAGAGCUCAACGCAGCCUGCCUCUCCGUCCGAGGUAUUCUAAACAUGCUUCUGGACAACCUUGACAAAGCCAAAUGUAAGAUCACGCCAAGCAUUAUGCUUGGCCGUGGUGACCCCACCGAGUUUCCGAGCUUUCGGACGACGCCGCUCGCCGUCGACGCUGUCUCCGACGCCCUCCGCUCUUUCAAGUUCAACUCUUACGCUCCCACCGCCGGCGUCCUUCAGGCUAGGAGGGCUAUUGCAAAGUACCUCUCCAAGGAUCUCUCCUACGAAGUAUUAGAAGAUGAUGUUUACCUCACAGCUGGUUGCACACAAUCAAUAGAGAUCAUAAUAUCAGUUCUGGCACGUCCUGAUGCCAACAUUCUGCUCCCAAGACCAGGUUACCCUCAAUAUGAAGCUCGAGCAGCUUACGAAAAACUCGAAGUCCGCCAUUUUGAUCUUGUUCCCGAGAACGGUUGGGAAGUGGAUCUUGAUUCUGUUGAAGCUCUUGCCGAUGACAACACUGUGGCUAUUGUUAUCAUCAACCCCAGCAAUCCCUGUGGAAAUGUGUUUACGUACCAACAUUUAAAGAAGAUUGCGGAAACGGCAAGGAAACUAGGGAUUCUUGUGAUUGCUGAUGAAGUCUAUGGCCAUUUAGUAGUUGGGAGCAAUCCAUUUGUGCCAAUGGGAGAGUUUGCAUCACUGGUUCCUGUUGUUACACUUGGGUCCUUGUCAAAGAGAUGGAUUGUUCCUGGUUGGAGACUUGGUUGGAUUGUGACAAAUGAUCCCAAUGGCCUACUUAGAAAAACUGGGAUAGUGGAGAGCAUUAACAACUGCCUCAACAUCACAUCUGACACUCCAACCUUCAUUCAGGCUGCAGUUCCUGAGAUUCUCGAGAAAACAAACGACGAAUUCUUUUUGAGUAUCAUCAACAUAAUGAGACAAGCUGCAGACCUUUUGUAUGAAACAGUUAAGGAGAUUCCUUGCCUUAGUUGUCCACACAAACCAGAAGGAUCCAUGACUGUAAUGGUCAAGCUAAACCCGUCCCCACUUGAAGACAUUGUUGAUGAUGUAGACUUCUGUAUCAAGCUGGCUAAGGAGGAAUCUGUCAUUAUUCUGCCAGGAGUUGCUGUCGGAUUGAAAAACUGGAUGCGAAUUACUUUUGCCGUUGAGCUUGUUUCUCUUGAAGAUGCCCUUGGGAGGCUAAAAGCUUUCUGCCAAAGACAUGCCAAGAAGCAGUAAUAUUUAAUGUCCCUAAGUCAUAUAUUUGAGUGACUAGUUGAGAUACAACUUAAGCGUUGGAUUUCAGUUCUCAAUCUCCAGCUUAGACCUAUUAGAUAAAAAUAAACCACUUGCCCAGAAGAAGUAAUGAGGUUUCUAUAUUCAGCUUGAUAGUGAUCAACAAUAUCUGUUGGCUGAUCUCUCUUUCAGAAUUGUUAUGAAAACUCUCUUAGUUGUCUGCUGGUUGGUAAAAUAGCCAGAUUUUAGCUUAAUAUGACAGACAAGUUGUGGUAUUACCAGCAUUUGGCUAAUUGAUUGUCUCUCUUAAAAGCCCUGAGAGA